AUGGUAGACCAGGAUCUGACCUCCCUCAGUUCCCAGCCACAUGCUGGAACCCCUCCCUUCCUCCACCCCACUCUCUUCCUUUGUCAGCCCCUCCACAAUGGGUGGCGAUCUCAUCUUCCAGUACUUGGGAUCAAUGGGGGGUGGCGGAGAGAGAGAUGUGGCUCCUCGCUCACCCCUCCUCCUGAAUCCCUCCUCAGUCGGCGAAACAUCAGCUGCUACCACUUUCAGGAGGUCCGGGGCCGAGUUGGAACAGACGCGAUGAAACCCGUUUCUCUUUCUCGGGCUGCCGUCUUCGUGACCCCCGAACGCAAUCUGGUGGAUGGGGGCGGGGUCUAUGGGGAUGACAUCAUCGGUGGGGUCGGUGCGGGGAUCACUGCGAGUGCUAGUGAGACUAGGGGAGCGACUGAGUGAUGGAGUUGUGGAGGACGAGUCAGAAGAAAAUGAAGUUAUCAGAGAUCCACGAAUGUCUCUUGGCAUUGACUGUGUCACCUUCCCCACCAGCUCAGGAGAAACUACCGGGACUGUCCGAUCCUCCAAUGGGACAUCCAAAUUAUCAGACCCAUCCUCUAACGGGACGUCCAAAUUCGUAGACAGGCCGUCGGACUCCAGAGAGAGAGCGGUAGAAGGGCGAUCGUUGUCAGAGUCUUGAACAGGUAUGGCGGAGAUGCAGAGGAUCUUGGAGUCACUGACAGUGAUGUUGGCCACCAUGUGAGGCCUGGUGGAGGUCUCCAGGUCAAGGAGACACACCUGACCUCCGUACCCGUCGCAACAGGCCACCCAGAGAUUGUGGUACGACGCUCCGUCGCCAGGGAGACCGACACCUGCACAUGACAACUGUAGAACAAGGGAGAGCUCGGCCAGACUGCACGUGGAGAGGAUGAAGGAAUUCAAACCCUCCAUCGUCCGACGGCUGAGGUGAGCUACGAGACGAAUGGGGCGCGGCCAGCAGUGGGGAGCACGUGGAUCUCUUCACUUUGAGGAAGUCCUCUUCCCACGAGUUUCUGAUCUUCUGAGACGGGAAAAUGAUGGAAUACUGCGUCGGAGGGAGACUGGCCCACACACCACAUGGAAAGAGGAAAAUAUACAGUACUUUCAUCAUUAACAGAAAAACAUUCUCAAUGUGUGGGUGGGGUAUUUUGAUAAGAACUUCAAAAGGUCUUCUGUUUCCUUUUUGAAAUCCUGUCUGUCUCGCUAUGUGG